AAAACCUUACUUUCAUAGCCAGAAAAAUCAAGUGGAUAAAAGAUGGCAGGUAUUUGGGUUUCAUGGCUAUUUGUGAUUCAUUUCUUGAUUGUUCAAACUAGUGCAAAAAUUCCGGCCAUUAUAGUCUUUGGAGACUCAUCUGUUGAUUCUGGAAACAACAAUCAAAUCCCAACAGUUGCUAGGAGUAAUUUUGAGCCUUAUGGUCGAGAUUUUUCCGGUGGCCAGCCAACAGGACGUUUUUCGAAUGGUAAAAUUCCGACUGAUUUCAUAUCUGAGGCCUUUGGUCUAAGGCCUAUUGUUCCUGCAUAUUUGGAUCCCAAAUACAGCAUAUCAGACUUUGCAAUUGGGGUCAGUUUUGCUUCGGCAGCAACUGGGUAUGACAAUCUCACAUCUGAUGUCCUAGGUGUAAUACCAUUUUGGAAAGAAUUGGAGUACUACAAAGAGUACCAAAAGAGACUAAAGGCCUACCUCAGUGAACAAAAGGCCAAUUACACAAUUAGUGAGGCGUUAUAUGUUAUCAGCAUUGGAACAAAUGACUUUCUUGAGAAUUACUAUGCACUUCCAGAUAGGAGAUCUCAAUACACAAUAGAUCAAUAUCAAAAUUUCUUGGCUGGGAUUGCCCAAAACUUCGUAACCAACCUUUACCAUCUUGGAGCAAGAAAGAUUUCUCUUGGAGGGAUUCCUCCAAUGGGAUGUAUGCCAUUGGAAAGAACAACAAAUAUACCAAAUGGAGAAGGGUGUGUGCAGAGUUAUAAUAAUGUGGCAGUUAGUUUCAACGCAAAAUUGAACGGAUUGGUGUCAAAUCUGAACAAGCAAUUGCCAGGGAUUCAAUUGGUUUUCUCCAAUCCUUACUACGCUAUGCUAAAUAUCAUUAGCAAACCUUCCGCUUAUGGUUUCGAAGUCGCUUCGGUGGCAUGCUGCGCGACAGGAAUGUUUGAGAUGGGCUAUGCAUGUGACAGAUACAAUCCAUUCACUUGUACGGAUGCAAACAAAUAUGUGUUUUGGGACUCAUUCCAUCCGACUGAAAAAACAAAUCGUAUAGUCUCUGAGAGUGUAGUUAAGAAAGUCUUAAGCAAAUUUAUGUGAAGUGUGUCUUUGGCAAUUAUCCAUAAAUAGUGUGACUAAAAUAUUAUGUACGAAAAUAAGAUGAGCUUUUCUUUUGUACUUAAAUACUGUCUAUUCGUUUGAAUCCUAUGCGUGAGAAAACACGAAUGUUAAACUUAGGGCACAAUUAUUUAAUGUACGUCAUUAACU